AGAGUAGUGGUAUAGUGUGUUUCUUUGUGUAAAAUUAUUAAUUUAAAGAAAAAAUAUUGAAAAAAUCUAAUUUGAAAUGGGUUUAACUAAACAAUAUUUAGCUUAUAGAGCUAUAGACAGUUUUAAUAUAAUUGCCAGUGGUCGCAGUAAUGUGAAUUUUGUUAUUUAUAACAAAAUAGAGGGUCGUUAUGUGGUGGCGGCUGCAGCUGAAAAUGUUAUUAUUUGGGAUUUAAGAUUAGGCGAACGUGUUGUAACCUUUAGACGAGACAAACAGGAGGUAACCGCCCUCAGAGUAUCACCCGAUCGUUUACACAUUGCCGUAGGCUACAAUGAUGGUGUAGUGGAAAUUUUCGAUUUAUCUAACCCCGAGGUAGCUGUAUGUUCUUUGGCUCUACAUAAAACGGCCGUUUCCAUAUUGCGUUACGAUGAGCAGGGCAUACGUUUGGUUUGCGGUAGUUUGGAUUGUGAAUUAACGGUGGUAGAUGUUAUAGAACAGGCUGGUAGUCAACGUCUUAUAGGCCACAAUGCUCCCGUCACUGAUGCCCACUUUAUGGAGAAAUUCAAAGAACAAAACAUAGUGGUGAGUUGUUCCAAGGAUACGCAAAUAAAAUUCUGGAAUCUGGAGACCCAAUUCUGCUUUAAAACUAUUGUUGAUAAUCGUACAGAAGUCUGGGCUUUGGCGUUUGUAAAUGACCUCAUGAUUGCCGGUUGCGGAGAGUCCACCAUGAAUGUGUAUCGCUUGAAACCUAGAGAUCCCACACAAACCGUAAGUCACAAUCUGGAAUCUGCUGUCGAAGGUCUGUCCAUUGACGAUGAGGAUACCAUAAGUCCUAUAUCGGUGUUAAAUUCUGGUGUUAUACAGAGAGCUGGCAAAGGGCGUUGUGUGAAUUUGGUGGCAGAUGCUUCUGAAAGAAUUGUCUCGUGUCAUGGUACAAAUGAUUUAAUAGAAAAUUUCUAUAUUUGUACAGAAGAAGAGGCCAAAAAGCGUUUACAAAAAAGAUUAAAGAAGUCUAAAAAGUCAGGUGAAUUAGCUGAAAACGAAGAUAUUUCCAAAGAUUUAUCCCUGUCAGAUGAAAUAAAAAGACUGGAGAGUAUUAAAGUAAAACAAAAGAUUAAAUCUAUAGAUGUUUUGUUGGGAGCUAAAGACGAACUAAGAGUUUUGGUUAGUUUGGCCAACAACACUUUGCUAUUGUACAGCAUGGAGGCUGCCUUCAAGAAGACGGGACACGAGGAAACUGUAAAACUGUUGAGAUCCCUCAAUAGACAGGGCCAUCAGUCAGAAGUGCGCAGUGUUUGUUUUUCUUCGGAUUCUCUAGCUAUUGGUUCCGGUUCUGCAGAAUCGUUUAAGUUCUGGAAUAGAGAUUCCAUGCAAUGUUUAAGAACUGUAUCCAGUGAUUAUGUCCUUUGUUCACAAUUUGUACCCGGAGAUCGCUAUGUUUUAUUGGGUCUUAAGUCGGGUAAAUUGCUGAUUAUAGAUGUGGGCUCUGCAGAUGUGGUAGAAGAAAUUCCAGCUCAUGACAGUGAACUGUGGUCAAUUGCUUUGUUGCCCGAUCAGAAGGGUUGUGUUACCGGCAGCAGUGAUUCUACGGUAAAAAUCUGGACCUUUGAGUUAAUUGAUAGUGCCCAAGAUGACUCUAUGGAAGUGGACGGUGGAGAUCAACUCCAACAAGGCAAGGUUUUGUCUCUUUUACACAAAAACACUUUGAAAUUGGAAGAAACUGUUUUGUGUGUUAAAGUCAGUCCUGAUAUGAAAUAUUUGGCUGUGGGUCUUUUGGAUUCUACUGUCAAAGUUUUCUUUUUAGACACCUUUAAGUUUUAUCUAUCGCUGUAUGGCCACAAGUUACCUGUUUUGUGUAUGGAUAUAUCGCAUGAUGGCACUUUAAUAGCUACCGGCUCUGCUGAUCGUAAUGUCAAGAUAUGGGGUUUAGAUUUUGGUGAUUGUCAUAGAUCUUUGUUUGCCCAUGAUGAUUCUGUCAUGGGCUUACAGUUUAUACCCAAAACCCACAUGUUCUUCACCUGUGGCAAAGAUGGCAAGAUUAAACAAUGGGACGCUGAUACAUUUGACAAAAUUCUUACAUUACCAGGUCAUUUGGGAGAGGCCUAUAAUUUAGCCAUUAGUCCCAAUGGACGUUUCCUGGUAACCUGUGGUUCUGAUCGCUGUUUACGUUUAUUUGAGCGCACCGAAGAGCCCAUAGUUUUACAAGAUGUCCAAGAAGAAGAACGCGAAGAAAUGGAAAAUCAACAAUUGGCUACUGGAGAAGAUCACACGGUUCCCUUGCUGCCUGGCCUAAAACUAGCCUCACGCAAAACUGUGGGUUCUGAAAAGGCUGCUGAAUCUAUAUUAGAGUGUUUGGAAAUAUGCAAGCAAUACGAUGUGGAGGACGAUGAAAAACCCGAUUUACAUCCCUUAAUGCGUGCUUUAGAUGUGAAAAAUCCCAAUGACUUUGUGCUGGCUACUUUAGCACGUAUUCGGGCUUCAGAUUUGGAAGAAGCUUUACUUAUACUGCCAUUUUCUAAUGUCUGCGAACUGCUAGAAAAAUUACCAGGCAUUUUGGAAGAACGUCCAGAUGAAAUUGAAUUAUUGGCCAAAGUUACCAUGUUUUUGUUUAGAGUCCAUAUGAAACCCAUCAUUGGAGCCAAACACAUGAAACCUUUGUUACAAACCCUGGUCAAGGCUUUGAAGAAAGAUGUGUAUUCCUUAAGAGAUGUUAUUGGCUUAAAUCUGCAUGGUUUGGCGCUCAUACAACAUGAUAUAGAAGAACGUGAAGGUGUAGAACUAUUCCGUGAAGCCACUCAAGAACGCAAGAAGCGUGAUAAGAAACGUCGUGAGGGUAUUAAAAGACAACUUAUACAAAUGGCUUGAUUUUUUAGUUUGUUUCUAAUAUAAUAUGUAUGUUUUUAAGUUGAUAUGAAAUUCAAAAAAUUAAUAAAAUUUACUAAAAUGUAUAUAAUGUAACAUUAUAAAACAUUUAUUACAAAAUA